UGUUCUGCAAGGAUACAUGGGCUAGCUUGUUUGAGCUGUGUGGGGUUCGAGACGUCGUUUUUUGAAGUCUUCGUCAAUAUCUCCUCUUCCGGAUGGCUUCCCCGGGCAAUCACUUCCUGUUUAACCCCCACUUUCCGUGCCCCAAAACCACCUCCAGGCAUGGUGAAUUCAAAGUCUCCCAUUGACUCCCGUCUUGCUGCGUCGAUAGCGCGAGAGCUGGACGAGUCCAUCGUGCCAUUCAAACAAUAGUCGAUACCCCGCCCUUAACCCUGGCCCCAAUUACCUGGUGCAGAUCUGCGCCCCUUUUUGCCGCUCCAUACCACCUCGAGUCUGCCCACCUCUAAGGAUAUCUCUCGCUUCUUCAUGACCCCAGUGUAACCCCAGUCUUUUUUCAACCAACUUGGCGUGCUUGCGGGUGUCAUUGUCGAGCCAGAACGUCCCCAACUGCAGCCACCGACCUGCAGAACACGUAGAACACCUGCAGAACGCCCACGUUUCUGGGGCUCACGACACCGAGGUGUGGAGGGGCGGCCCCUGAAUAAACACACUCUUAGACCAUGUUGGGGUCGGCGGUGGUAAACCAUUGGCAUGGCCCAGUGGGGGCUGGGGGACUGGCUCGAGAGGGGAACUGAAGCAAACAAAAGGACCACGUUCGCGACAUACCCGGUUGAAACGAGGCUGAUCUUCAUACCGACUUCUCCAGACUCCUCUCUGCUGCGUGUUGCGAGCCUGGUGAUAUCCGCUUUGCGAACCCCUAAUUGUUCGUCAUCCCCGAACUGCCGAAGCCGAGAUCUCUUGCCUGCUCCCCCUUGUGCAUACAAUUGGCGAGCCCCCCCUUUCUGUUUCCAUAUCUGUCCAGCUUUGGGUGCCCCCUUCUUCUGCAUCUUCAGCGACAUCCAGCCCGCAUCUUGCCGAGAGCGCCCAGAUUGUUCAGUACAACCCACCAUCAGCAAACCUCCCAUCACACAUCAUGGCUGCUGUUGACCUUGAGAAGCCGUUCGACUAUGUCGUCGUUGGCGGCGGCACUGCCGGCCUCGUCAUCGCCAACCGGCUCUCCGAAGACAGCGAUGUCCGUGUUCUUGUCAUCGAGGCCGGUGCAGACCGUAGCAGUGACCCCCUGGUUCUUUGCCCGGGUCUCGUUGCCGGCUUGUACGGCAAGGAUGAAUACGACUGGAACUUCACAUCAACACCCCAGCCUACCCUGAACAACCGGGUCAUCAACCAAGCUCGCGGGAAGAUGCUUGGUGGCAGCUCGGCCCUCAACUUCCUCAUGCUGUUGUAUCCUUCCAAGGGCAACAUUGACGCUUGGGCAGCCCUGGGCAACGAGGGCUGGGACUUUGACUCUCUUGCUCCCUACCUGCGCAAGUUUGCAACCGUCCACACUCCUCCCCAGUCAUCCAAGGACCUCUGCGGGUUAACCUAUCACAGUGAGGACCUCGCCAAAGGUGACGGGCCCAUCCACGUCACUUUCAGUGAAGGUUACAAUGUAACCAACCAAGCUUGGUUGAAGACCUUUGCUGGACAAGGCCUGGAGGUCACCACGGAUCCUCGUGAUGGAAGGGCAUUGGGUGCCUUCCAGAACCAGGCCAGCAUUGAUCCAGUAACACACACCAGAAGUUUCGCAGCCACAGGCUAUUACAACCCAGAGGUUGCGAAGCGGUCCAACUUGGUGGUUCUCACCGAGACUUUGGUGGAAAAGAUUGUCUUUGACACCACGGGAGAUGAGCCUGUUGCCACUGGUGUUGAGAUUUUGACCAAGGAUGGUGAGAAAAAGCAGAUAUCUGCCAACCUCGAAGUCAUCCUGUCGGCUGGUACCCUGCAGUCACCCCAGAUUCUGGAGCUUUCCGGUAUUGGAAGCAAGGACAUCCUCGAGAAGCACAACAUUCCCGUCAUUGUUGAGAACCCCAGCGUGGGCGAGAACGUGCAAGACCACCCCAUUGUAUGCCAGAGCUUCGAGGUCGCCGAUACGACCCCGUCAGGGGAUGUCCUCCGUGACCCCAACGUUCUCAACGCUCUGGUAGGCAUGUACCAGGCCUCCGGCGCCGGACCUCUCGGCCAGAGCACCAUCAGCGUAGCCUACUCCCCCCUCGUCGACGGCUCCGGCAUCGUCUCCCCCGAGGCCAAGAAGGAGCUCCUCGCCUCCCACGAGCACACCCUCACCACCCCGGACGCGCAAGCCAUCAGAAAACUCGUCGAGUCCCCCGACGAGGCCACCUUCCAGUUCCUGCUCUUCCCCACCCAGGUCUCCAUCCCCGACGUCCCCAAGUCCAUGGCCGAGUACAUCCUCCCGGUCCUCCCCGAGAACUACAUCACCGUCAUGACCAUCCUCAACCACCCCUUCUCCCGCGGCAGCGUGCACAUCUCCAGCCCCGACGUCCACGCCGCCCCGGUAUGGGACCCAAAGUACAACUCCCACCUCCUCGACAUGGAGCUCCUCGCCCGCGGCGUCGAGUUUGUCGAGCGGCUCGUCGACAAGUCGACGCCGUUUGGCAAGCUGCUCAAGGACGGGGGGAAGAGGCAGCCGGAGGGGCUUGUGGCGACGGAUCUGGAAAAGGCAAAGGAAAUUGUCCGCAAGAGGCAGAUCUCCGUGUUUCAUGUGUCUGGCAGCUGCGCCAUGAAGCCAAGGGAGCAGGGCGGUGUGGUGGAUGCGAGGUUGAGGGUGUACGGGACCAAGAGACUUAGGGUGGUGGACGCGAGCGUGUUCCCGCUGGAGCCGGUGGGAAAUAUUCAGAGUGUGGUUUAUGCUGUUGCGGAGAAGGCGGCGGAUUUGAUCAGGGAGGAUAGGAAGAGCUUGUAAAUUUGUUUUCUCUGCGCAUUUAGUCUUCCCCGGCUUUUGGCCUGACAUCUCGGACUCAGAUGGCCCUUACACGCCCAGUGAAUGGAUUUUCAAUCUCCUUUUCAACGAAGAAAGUGAGUUUCGUGGUAGACAUGUCAUCUUUCAAGGACUCGCAAGUGUGCUUGUCGGGACAAACGAUGGACUUGAUGGUGUUUUCCCCCCAGCCGAAACGACACAGAUCCGAGAUGCCGGGGACAAAGACUCGCUGAGACACAAGAUUGGGGCGCUGAGGGUAGAACGGGGACGACGGGUCCGGGCAGGGUUUUCUGUAGUUUGCAGUCGUCAGUUAUGGACAGAUUGAAAGAGAGCCUGUAGAUGUUGAGCAAAAGACCUACUCGUAUAAGAAGCAGCAGCUGAGGGAGGAGCCCUUGUAGAUGGAAUUCACUGGUAUAGAGGGGCUGAUGUCCACUAUUGGCGUGUAAUGAUCAUGGUUAGAUAGUGGAGCCUUUGGACGCAACAAUGAAAGAGAAACAUACCGCAGCUGGCCUGGUGUGUGUUGUCGAGAGUCUCAGGCGAGAAAACCUGGCAGGGACCCUCAUAGUUGGCC